GUUGAUUGUAAUGUCAGUGCAGUCCAAUUUGCAGACUACAGCAGCAGCUGCAUACAGCAUUUCCCUGAAGUAUUAGAUGAUUUCCACUCCUUGCAAACUUUAUCAUCUCUAUUGCAGUGAGUCCGAAAUCAAUAUGCAAAGCAAGGCUACAGUCAUAUGCAUCCGAUUUAUCUUGUGUGUUUUCCUCUUGUUGGUGUUUAUUGGGAUGUCACAUAGUGAAGAAGACAUAAUCAUUGUGACAAAGAAUGGAAAAGUUAGAGGAAAGAGCUUGCCAGUUCUUGGUGGUACAGUGACAGCCUUUCUUGGAAUUCCCUAUGCACAGCCCCCUCUUGGUAGACUUCGAUUCAAAAAACCGCAAUCCUUGACCAAGUGGACUGAUAUUUGGAAUGCCACAAAAUAUGCAAAUUCUUGCUAUCAAAAAAUAGAUCAAAACUUCCCAGGCUUCCUUGGAUCAGAGAUGUGGAACCCAAACACUGACCUCAGUGAAGACUGUUUAUAUUUGAAUGUGUGGGUUCCAGCACCUAAACCAAAAAAUGCUACAGUAAUGAUAUGGAUUUAUGGUGGUGGUUUUCAAACUGGAACAUCAUCUUUACACGUUUAUGAUGGCAAGUUUCUUGCUAGGGUUGAAAGAGUUAUUGUGGUUUCAAUGAACUAUCGGGUAGGUGCACUAGGAUUCUUAGCUUUACCAGGAAAUCCUGAGGCACCAGGUAACAUGGGCUUAUUUGAUCAACAAUUGGCACUGCAGUGGGUCCAAAACAAUAUAGCAGCCUUUGGUGGGAAUCCUAAAAGUGUAACUCUCUUUGGAGAAAGUGCAGGAGCAGCUUCAGUAAGUCUUCAUUUACUUUCUCCCAGUAGUCAACCUUUGUUUACCAGAGCCAUUUUGCAAAGUGGUUCCUCAAAUGCCCCUUGGGCAGUAACAUCACUUUAUGAAACUAGGAACAGAACUUUGACCUUGGCAAAAUAUAUUGGCUGCUCCAGAGAAAAUGAAACUGAUAUCAUCAACUGCCUUAGAAAUAAAGAUCCACAGGAAAUUCUUUUGAAUGAAGCAUUUGUUGUACCCUAUGAUACUCUCUUGUCUAUAAACUUUGGCCCAAUCGUGGAUGGGGAUUUUCUCACUGAUAUGCCAGUAGCACUUCUACAACUUGGACAGUCAAAAAAAACCCAGAUCUUGGUAGGUGUUAAUAAAGAUGAAGGGACAGCAUUUUUAGUAUAUGGUGUCCCUGGUUUCAGCAAAGACAAUAACAGUAUAAUAACUAGAAAAGAAUUUCAAGAAGGCUUAAAAAUUGCUUUUCCAGGAGUGAGUGAAUUUGGAAAAGAAUCAAUUAUUUUCCACUACACGGACUGGUUAGAUGAUCAGAGACCUGAAAACUACCGUGAGGCCUUGGAUGAUGUUGUUGGGGAUUACAAUAUCAUAUGUCCUGCCUUGGAGUUCACCAAAAUGUUCUCAGAAUUGGGAAAUAAUGCUUAUAUGUACUUUUUUGAACAUCGAUCUUCUAAACUUCCUUGGCCAGAGUGGAUGGGAGUGAUGCAUGGUUAUGAAAUUGAAUUUGUCUUUGGCUUACCUCUGGAAAGAAGAAUUAAUUAUACAAAAGCUGAGGAAGGUUUGAGUCGAUCCAUAAUGAAAAGCUGGGCAAAUUUUGCAAAAUAUGGAAAUCCAGAUGGACCCCAGAGCAACAACUCAAGAUGGCCCAUCUUCAAAAGCAGUGAUCAAAAAUAUUUAACCCUGAAUGCAGAAUCACCAGGAGUACUCACAAAAUUACGUGCUCAACAAUGCCGGUUCUGGACACUGUUUUUUCCCAAAGUGUUAGAAAUAACAGGAAAUACUGAUGAAGUAGAACGAGAGUGGAAAGCAGGAUUCCAUCGCUGGAACAAUUACAUGAUGGAUUGGAAAAAUCAAUUUAACGAUUAUACUAGUAAGAAAGAAAGUUGUGCAGGUCUCUAAUUAAUAGGUUCACGCUUUUCCUAUAGGUUCCUUUUCCUAUAGAUAAAUGAAAAAUAUAUAAUCAGUUAUUUUACACACCUAGUAAGAAAAUUGUAUCACAGAAACAAGGAUUAUAUCGAUUAUUUACAUCUUUUACUUGGAGUGUAGUUAACAGUUUGACACCCAAAUGACUAGAACAUCUUUGGUUAAGUUUCACAAUGAAUGUUUGACAAUUAAUUUUAUGAAUAUUAAAUAAUUUACAGCUUCAAACUUUCUCUUUCCUGAAU